GUCGCCCCUCGUUGUCCAAUCACAGCUGACGUUGUUGGGAGGUCUUUAUUGACAAGGGGAGAAGGUGACUCUUCGACGAGGAGAGUGGUACCUCCAAAAAUCCUAACACAUAACCCAAAAAGACUGGCAUUUUCCAAGUGAGCCAGCAUGUCUUCUUUUGGAAGGGCGUUGGGAGUCUUUCGGACAGGCACCCAGCUGCUUAGACGCGGUCCAAAAAGGAUAACGACCAGAAAGGCUAGCGGUGGCCCGCACAUUGAGCCACAGUACAGGCAAUAUCCCCAGCUAACGAAGAGCCAGAAAUUCGAGUCAGAGCUAAUCAGUGGAGCAAUGUGGUUUUGGAUCCUUUGGCACUGUUGGCAUGAUCCUGAUGCAGUCCUGGGUCAUUUCCCUUGGCCUGAUGCUUCCAAAUGGACAGAUGAGGAGCUUGGAAUCCCAGCAGAUGACGAGGAAUAAGAUCACCAGGAGGGAUUCACGCUGCUGUGCAAGUCCUUGUGGAAACCUUCAGGAUAUUCUUAAAGUCAUUGUUGUACAUAGACUAAUAAAAUUAUCUUUAACUAAGUCAAA